ACACACAGAUGCAGUUCAGACGCUAAUAACAAGAAUUGCGAAACUUUCACCGAAAAGACUGUCUUGAAUAGGAUCUUAAAAAGUUACUUCACAGUCAACAUGGAAACUCCAGUGUUACAGCACCCUGUUAUGCAUUCAUUACAGUAUAAAACAUAACAACAACACCCCAAACAUGUGCAGUACUUUGAGGUGUCUCGAGCAGCCAAGAAAUGCUAAACGGAUUACGUGUGUGAGAUAACCAAGUUGCCUUCCUCAUAUCCGGACUCUUUAACGGUCAAUUUACUGUUAGCUGAAAGCCACUCUUCGACAUCUCAUAACCUCGAAAUAAUCCGAUCGAGUCUAGAAUUGCGUGCCAGGGAAAUUGGUUUAGGAGUUUCCUUUUUGAUUCGAUUUACCUGUGAUAAUGUUCGAGUUUUCUAAGUGGAUAUGUCUGACGUCGAUUGUGUCUCUUGUGGUCCUCGGGUCCAGAGGUCAGAGGCAAUACAGAGAUGUGAUGCCGAUUGAAGAGAAGAGGAUAUUCGAAGGCGCUGAAGAUAGACAAGGUAGAAAUCUUCUAGACUGGAUUGGUCUAGGCACAGGACCAAAUACUGAUCCUUACCAAGCGAGGACGAACGCAAAUUGUCUGAAUGGAGACCUUGCAGAAUGUUUCAAAUCCAGGGCUCUUUCAACAUUUGAAGAGUUCUUCAGUAAUAAUCUGUACGACCUGAGUGACAAUGCUAGAGUGAAAAAAAUGCCUGUCUCACAACUGAGACAGCUCUCAGAAGAACGCUUCGAAUUUUCAGAAGAACCAAGGUCAGAGGAUUCUGAAUGGGAUCAACUAGUCAAAUUUGCUUCAAGAAAGGUGGAGAAGUUCGUGAAAUCCACUGGACUUGAAUUGGAUUUCGACAGCGAAGUUACAGAGCAAGGACGGUACUCGCCUCGUUUUGUCGAUGAAAUUGUGGACGAGAUAGAUGUGAUUGAAGACAAGAAGGAUUCCAUUUUCAGACGCAAACAAUUGAAGAAACUCUUCAUCCCUCUCCUGUUAGUGCUGAAGAUAUUCAAGCUGAAACUGCUCCUCUUCUUGCCCCUCAUCCUAGGAUUGGCCUCAUUCAAGAAAUUCCUCGGAUUCCUUGCUAUCCUCGUUCCUGGUGCCAUAGCCUUCUUCAAAUUCUGCAAACCCAACAUUCAUUCCAACUUCGGUGGACCUGGAAACUUCUACAGCGGUCCUCAGUACUCUCCUGCAGGCAUAGCCUUCCAGUCGCACCAAUCUGAAUACCCUGGAUCGUUUUACGGAGGCCAUAAUGGUGGAGGAGUUCACUUCAGAGAUGACAACCAAGCUCAGCAACUGGCUUACAAUGGUUGGAAUCAGUAUAGAAGCGGGAGUUCUGAUAUAGAGGCUGAGACUACUUCUAAGAAAUCGAUUCUUCCUGAUUCUUAAUCAUGGAGGUCGAAAAUAGACUGUACAUACUCAUUUUAUAUGCUGUAUAUAUUUAUUUUGUAUUUAAGUCAAUUUGUGUCAUGAUGUGUCUUUCAUUAUUUCGUCUUGAGAUUAUUGAACUAGUUAUAAUAUAAUUACUUUAAAGUGAA